CUCACGACCCUCCCACUCAGCCACAUGCCCUCCCAGUAGCACCGUAUCAACAUGUCUUCCUUUAUAACCAGAAUUCAGCGCUCCUUUCUGAAGAAGAGAGAUGGACAAAUUGAUUCCACGGGCCUGCAGAGCCCAACGGCUCCGGAAAAGCCGGGGAAAGUACCUGUCAAGCCGUUGACCAAGGCUUUCGUUUCACCCUCUCCGGCCAAAAGAGAUGCUCCGAAUAGCCCUCACUCUCCACGCCGUCCCACAAGUCCUAUACUACCUUUUCUGAACAAAUCAAGCUCGAAAAAACACCUGAACUCCCCGAGAUCUGUCGAACCAAUCCCACAACUCUCUUUAACACUUCCCGAUCCCAGUCCAGUUAGUCACCAAGCGGACCCGUUCAUACCAGACAUCGCCCGGACUGUGCUGGACAAACAAGUACUGGACGAGAAGAGAUUGAAACUGGAAGAGGCCUUGAAAAUGUUGCAGACAGCGGGAGGGGUGGUCAUGGAACGUGGACUUGAGACCCUUGGCAUAUUCCGUCCCCAUUGGCAUUCUGAGAAUUUCGAAGUGCAGCAAGCGCUCCUGUCUAUGUUUAUAGCAUCCCUAUCCUCAGGCCAAGACGGCGCUGGAACAGCUGCUCAGGAAGCUUUCCUUACCGAGCUACGGUAUACAUCGGACGUCCAUGAUGUCACAUCUGUGCUCAAAUGGGCUUUGCGACAUCUUCACUUCGAGGAUGGUCCAUUUGGCCUCACCACAGGGAACGCACUCGAAGGACAACCUGAAUGGUCGUGGUAUCGCACCUUUGGUCUUAGUGAGCAGCAGGCGAACUAUCCCCUGUCUGCCUUCACGCUUCUCCUUCUCCCGAGUCUCCCACCUGGCCAUGCCGAUCUUCUCAGAUCAUUGAUGGACCUGAUAUCGUCUGUGGCAUCUCACGUGGCUCAAAAUGCCAUGUCUGGGAACCGACUUAGCAAAGCGCUUGCAUUGUGGGUUGUUGCCCCAAAUAUAUCCAACUGUACCAGCUUCGGAGCUUUUUAUGAACAAUGGCAGAGAGCCAGCAGGGUAAUGGAGCAUUUGUUCCUCUGUUACGUACGAGAUGUAGGCCGCGCGCAUAAGCUGCCUGCUCGUCUUGCAGAACUCGUUGCACAUUACCCCUUCAACAAUGUUCCGGCGUCGACAGACAUGUUUCUUCCCCAGCCUGAUCUUACCACACAUCAGUUUAAGGCGUUACUCGUUCGUAUCAAACAAACAAGUCCCAGCGGAAGGACGGACAUGUCUGAACUACUUCCUUCGGAACUAUUACACCACGCGCUCAUCGCAAAGAACGAUCCAAGUUCAUCGCAUUCUGCAGAGCUCGAAGACCUAUGGUCGCUCCUGAAGGCGAAGGCAACUCCCGCAAUGGAGAACAUGAAUGGGAUUGUGUUACCCUUCGACCUUUCGCGGCUUAUUGCCGAAGAAUCUCUUCGCCUCAUGUCUUUACCGACACAGAGCAGUACGACAUCCCCGACACCGCUGUCCCAGAGUACUGUUGACCCAGAACGCUCGUCCUCCGGUCGGAGUAAGCGGCGUUCUUUUUCAAUGGAUCACGGGCGCUCCAAGCCGGCAUACAGUUCCCUCACUGUGUUGUAUGAGGAUUCUUCUCCAAUCACUCGUAUACGGUCACAGGAAAACCUCAGUGCCCCAGCAAGUGAAAACAAGGUCGACUGGGAUAGUUUUUCCUCUUCUGGCUUCGGCGUUCUCAGCUCCACGACGGGUUUAGCAGAGUCUCUUUCUGGCCGGACAGUAAACGGGUCGGCGCGCGCAAACGGCACGACAGAGUCAACGGACAAGAAAAAUGUUUUGAGGCAGGAACCACCCGUAGAUAUUAUGCCGCCUUACUUGGCCGCCCUCUCGCUGGUCCCUCUCGACGAAGCUUUUAUUGACGUGUGGUGUGAUUCUUUACUUGAUCCCACAGUCCGACAGCACUGGCCAGGAUAUGUGCUGUGCCAGCUUUCAGACUCCGCGAAGGCGGCAGGUGCCUGCGUGGGUGCAGAAUGGCUCGUCAUCGAACGUGAGAUCGUCUCUUCUCCAGGUCCUGUGAAGACACAAAGUAUACAGCGCUCUCCAUCGAAUGUGUCUGCAGCCACAACGACGCGCUUCAAUCGGUCGUUAGGUCGAGCUGCUGCAGAGGUGACUAGCCGCAAGCGGUUUUCCCUUUUCAGCACGAGCAGUGGCAGGUCUGUACGCGGCAGAAAAGAAUCGUCCGCCACCAUCGCCAGCAAACACGCACCCAUUGAUGAGCUCGUAGAUGCACCGCCCCUCCCUUCUCAAGCCAUAUGAGGCAAAAUACCCAACCUCCCACCCUGACUUAUCGGGU